CAGCCUUGCGGGGGUCUCAAUGCCUCGUCACUCUGCACGUCAUAAUAUCCUGGGUACCUGGAAUAUGAAUGAUGUGUCGUGUGAGCCUGUAAAGACUUUACUUCACCGCCAUCUCUACCUCGAGUAGGCUAUAUCGACCAAUAGACGCCUCUCCUCGUCAUUGUCGUAUUCUUACAAUGUCAAAUUUCGAUCCCAAUGCGUUCCUUCGCGGCGCUCAGUUGACCUUUGUGGGCGCAAAUAGAGCACUGCAGAAUCCAGAGCUGUUCACAGGCACUCACUACCGCCAGGCUGCAAUAGCUGUCUGUGCAGGUCUCGCCAUCCGCAUCAUCAUCAACAUCCCCAUCUAUGCGGUCAAGGCUCUGCUGUGGAUCACCGCCAUAUUUGUCGACCUCGACCACGAAACCUGGGACGAUAAAUUGGUCAAUGGCUUGAACUUCUUAUCUACUUCUGUGCUUCAAGUCCCCUUCUUUCUCAUGCUGGUCAUGAGCUCAGUCACUCCAACCCUGGACAAUCUCUUCAUGGAGUCCAUUCGAUUCGUCGAUCAGACUUAUGUCCAGAAGCACAAGUCUGACGACCCCUCCAAACUCCGCGCCAUGUACUACCCAACACUGAAGAUGUACUCGACUCACGGCGAACGCGAGAAGAAAGAAAAACGGAGUCUACUAGACGGCAUCAUCCUUACUGCCGUGAAGUACGGUAGACGAGCAGGAAUAUCACUUGCCAUUUACGGAUUGACAUUUCUCCCAUAUGUCGGCCAAUUCGUCCUUCCCGCUGCCUCAUUCUACACAUUCAACAGAUCCGUUGGUCCCGUCCCAGCCGGCAUUAUAUUCGCAUGCGGACUGGUUGUGCCGAAGCAUUACAUGGUCUCAUUUUUGCAGACCUAUUUCUCCAGUCGCAGUCUGAUGUCACGCCUACUGGAGCCAUACUUUCACCGAAUCCACUUUACCAAGCAGCAAAAGAAGAUCUGGUUCAUUGAACGGAGCGGCGUUCUCUUCGGCUUCAGCGUCGCAUUUGCGGUCAUGGUCAAAGUUCCUCUUCUCGGUGUAUUGAUCUACGGCAUUGCGGAGGCCAGCACGGCAUACUUGAUUACAAAAAUCACCGAGCCACCGCCACCGCCAGGAGAGAGUGAGAAAGAGUACAUUGAGAGUGAGGUUCGAUGGAAGAACAAGCAUAUCCUCCUGAACUUGCCUCUUGAUAAGCUCGAUGAAUUCAAUACGCUAAUGAUCGGUGCUGAAAAGACGGGAAAUAUGUCCACACCAGAUAUUCCGAGAAGGCAGUACACUUAGGCUUCGUGUCAAUGGCAGAUUCAACUAUUGAUCACGACUGCUCGCACCGCAGUCGAUGUACAAUGCCAGGAUGAUACAUUUACCAGUUUGGCACGGGAGUCGUUGCUCUU